UGACCUUUCUACGUAGGCUUUUAUACAUUUCAGCGUUGAGUUAACUUCAAUUUGCUCAACCGAAUACGCGGGGAUGGGAGUUCCAGCAUUUUUUCGCUGGCUAUCAAAGAAGUACCCGUCGAUCGUAGUCCACUGUGUAGAAGAAAAGGGACGAGAAGUGGAUGGAGUUAGAGCCCCAGUGGACACAAGUUUACCAAACCCCAAUGACUAUGAAUUUGAUAACUUAUACCUGGACAUGAAUGGAAUCAUUCAUCCUUGUUGUCAUCCUGAAAACAAGCCAGCCCCAAAGAAUGAAGAUGAGAUGAUGGUGGCUAUUUUUGAGUACAUCGACAGAAUCUUCUCUAUAGUUAGACCCAGAAAGUUGCUUUACAUGGCCAUUGAUGGAGUGGCUCCAAGGGCAAAAAUGAACCAGCAAAGAUCUCGUCGUUUCAGAGCAUCUAAAGAAACCAAGGAAAAAGCAGAGGAAAUGGCAAGAAUUCGAGGGGAAUUAAUGGAAAAAGGAGCUCUUUUACCACCAGAAAAAGAAAAAACUGAACACUUUGACAGUAACUGUAUUACACCA